UUGCUCGGGGAUCGUGGGUUUAGAUAUCAUCCCCCCGUCUUUCGAUCGGUUAGUCGUCCAGUAUCUGCCGCGAUGCACGCUCUUCUUCCACGUCUUUGCCUAAUGGCACUUCUAGUUCCUGUAAUCUUCGCCGUUUUACCGUCGUACAUAAAACCGUGCAAGAAGAGAGAUCCGGACAUAAACGAGUGCAUCACGAGAUCGAUCGAUCAGCUUCGCGACAAAUUAUCGGCUGGAAUACCGGAAUUCGAGGCGCCACCCAUCGAGCCCCUGUACCUCAAGCAAAUUCGCCUGUCCAGGGGACCGGUUGGAGCAAGACUUGACGUCAAUCUCACGGAUUUGCGGGUGUUCGGCCCAUCCACAUUCAAAGUUCGAGAUCUCAAAGCGGAUGUCGAGAACGUGGUCUUCACUUUCAAGGUCAACUUUGAGAAACUCCAUUUCCAAGGGAAGUAUCAGAUCGACGCGAGGGUGCUUUUGCUCAAGCUGACGGGGGAGGGAAACAUUACUGGAACCUUUACCGACUAUGAUUCAGACGUCGUUUUACGGGCGCGCAAAGUGUACAGAGACAAUGAUAUCUAUCUCAACUUUGAAAGAAUGAAAGUAAAGAUCAGAAUUGGCAAAGCACACUUGCAUCUUAGUAAUUUGUUCGGCGGUGAUACUGUUCUUGCUGCAGCCACCCAUGAUCUGUUGAACAACAACAAUGCAUUAUUCUUGGACGAGAUCACUCCAGUAUUGGAAACAUCCUUGGCGGAUCUUUUCACAAACGUGGCCAACAAGAUCACAAAAUCUUUCACGUACAAAGAAUUGUUUCCGGAUGAUUGAAUCUCCCUUCCAUCCAUCUUUAUCUUCGUCUUGUAAAAAUUUGUACAGUUGCAUUUUCUAUUAAUUUUUCAAACGGGUUUUCAUAAUUAACAUAUAAUCGUACGUAUAGAAAUUUUGUACAAUCGAAGGGAAGUUUUUAAAUUAUAAUAAAAUUUU